UAGAAAUUUUUCUAUAUAAUCUAUAUCCAUCGUGGUUGAAUCGAAGUUUAGUCGUAGCAGAGUUGCAGGCACGAAGGGUGAUCAUGUGGACCAAUGAACACCUGCGCUUAUCAAUUGACGAGAGAAAACUAGGAACGUCGAAUAUUAUGAUAUCAUGGGUAUUGGGAAAAUUCCAAAGUCUCGUAAAAGACUAUAAUUCGAUGUGCCAGUAUAUUGCGGGUAGUAGUUCUGGUAAGAGAAGCAGAACGGGCGAACGAUAUUUUGAGGAUUUUCGUACUCGCUUUUGGGAGAGACCUG